AUACGCAAUUUUUAUUGCGUGGUCAAUACAGGGCCGCAGAGAAGAUGUUUAGGCCCCGGGUCAGGACGAAAGAUAUAUAGUAAAGACAGACGCUUCUAGGGGGUACACAUUAUUUGAUAACAACCAGAAGCUUUUCAACUUCUUUAGACCAAGCCCACAAAGUUGAGAAAUUCAUAACAGCAGUCAAAAAAUCAACUUGCUUCUACCUUACUUCUUUCAUAGACUUUUGUCAUUAUUGUUUCUUUAAAAGACAGUUUGUGAUAAUGGAGAGGCUGGACUGUUACUUAUAAUGUUUUAAAUUGAGUUAUUAUUUGUGGGCCCCUAAGGCCAAGGGCCCCCUAGUCAGUGACCCCCUGACCCCACUCUUCUCAGCACUGGGUCAAUAUAUCAAAAGAAUAUCCAGAUAAGGUAAAAAAAUUCUUUAUAAGACGCUUUGAUGCAAUUUAUUGAACUGUUUCAACUUUGAAUCAAUGGGGACAUGUAUAAACUUGUUGAAACAGCAUUCAUCUUCGCAGAAAGGGGUCUGGGGAUAAAUUUGGCGGGAAAUUUUGAUGACGAAUGCGACGCAUUGUUUUGAACGUAAAAAUUUUAGUCGCUUCGAGGAAAAUCACAACUGUAUCAAAAGACAACUGAUUUCGGUGAACGGUUUAUAGCAACGGCUUUAGCUAUGAUAGCCUCUCGAGAAAAAGCAACUCUUGAGCUGCCACGUAGAAAGUUUUGCCAGAUAUCUAACCCUAUAAAGUUGCCUUUUAUCUCUAGGGAGUGCGCGACAAGACGUGAUGGCUACAUAACUGAAAAAAACUCAUACGUUUCAAAGAAUAUUGAAAGUCAGGUUGAUGCUAAGAAAAGUUCAGAGAACAAAGAGUCAAUAUCUACCACUGAAGAUGAAGCAUGUCGUUUUCUGUGUACAAUUUUAGAUGAAGUUGAAAGGCAAGUUGAUAGAGCUUUUAUAAGCAGACAUGUCAACCUGGAAUGGGCUGCAGUUGACACUACAAGCAAACGAAAUCAAAGGCAAGUUCAUUUUUCUUCUCCUCUUGUAACAGAAGCAUAUUCUCAAUGUAAAGAUGAUGAGCAAUCUCAAGACACAUUGCCAUUCAUUGACGAAGAGGAAGAUUUUGAAUUGACUCCGGAUGAGGACAUAGCUAAAACCAUUUUUGGAAGAAACGAGGUAUUUUCAACCCAAACAUCCACCACUGAGAUGAAUCCAAAAGCAUUAUUCCCAGAGAUAAACCUAGGAAAUUUACUAGGGGACCAAGAAGAAGAUGAAUGUAUUAUUGAAAGGGAAUGGAAAGAACUUGAAACUAGUCAAAUAGUGCCAGGAGCUGUGACAAAUGGCUCGGGGAAUUGCAGUGGAAACAAAACAGCUGAUUUAUCUAACGAUGUCCCGUGUUUUCCAAAUGAUAAACCUGAAGUAGAAACCUCGUCAAUGUCACAAUCUGAGGACCAAAAUUUUGUGGACGAGAAAAUAGAGGUUGUAAAAGAGUUGGAUCAUAUCGAGAAGUCCAGUAAGCUGCCAAUUCCAAUACACAAUCAAGGAGGAUCAACAAAUGACUCUGCUUGGUACGAGGAGGUGGUGCAAAGAAAAUAUAAAGAGAAGUACAGCUUAAGCGUGGCACAAUUAAAGUCUCGAAUGAUGAAAAAUUUAUCUGAUAAUGUAAAACAAGAUGCAGGAAAUGUCAGUCAAUGUAGUCGAAUUGAACCAUUGAUAAUUCCACAGAUGGAUGAUCAAACUGUUCCUGAAAGUAGCACGGCCCUCGAAAAUUCGAGAGCAUUGUCAUCUAGCAUUCCAAACGUUAUUUCCAACCUGGAGUUGCAGUGUUACGCCAUUAACUCUUCCCCUCCAUUGCCAACAAAGGGUGUUGAGGAUUUUACGAUGGAAGCAACUAAAUCGAAAGAUGAUGUUGAAAUUGAUGACGUCAUACCAAUUUAUUCCCAAAACUCAAUUCCAGAAGACAUGUUGCCAGAAAUUGAUAAAGCUGACAAAGUCUUUCCGUUAACAAUUGAGAACAUCUCAUCAAAUGAUAGUAAUGAAAACCAAAGCAAAAAUCAGUCUGAUGAACUUAACACGGAUGUCUCUGAAAAUGUGAAAAACAAGACGUCCUAUCCUGGAAAGAGAAAAGCUGUGGAAUCCUUAAGCGAUAUAUUAGCUAUGAAUAUUGAUGCCAAACGUGGAAAUCAAGAUGUACAAGCAAUUUCGAAUCUAUCGAUGAUUCAUGAUUCUGGAGAUACAAUCGACGAACAAGACAUAAAAGAGAAAGAUACUUCCUCUGAAGAAGAUUUCCAUGAAAAAGAAGAAAAUACAUUUCCUCCUGCCAAAGUACUUAUAGUUCAGCUUCCAAGAAAAAUAGAAAAAUCAGCCACAGUUUUAAAUGAAAAAGAAUGUUUUGGCAGUUUUGGCGAUGGUAUCAUAGUGGACCCUUCAAGGUCAGAAGUUAAAGAAUUUGCUUCAAAUGAUUUUAACAGUUCUGAAGAUUCAGGAAACAAUGUUGUUGCUGAAAAGGUGCCGACUGGAAGAAAUUCUGAAGGAUUACGUUUAGCAGAGGUACCAGGGUUUGAUGCAUGUUUGGACAAGCUGAUUAACGAGCAGAUAAAUAACGCUAGUAUGUUCCAAGAAAUGCAAGAUAAUCUCGAUUCCAGAUUUGGUGCUGUUGCUAAGGGAACCAACAAUGACAAUGGUGAAGUUGAUGGUAAUUUACAACAAAAUCCAGAAGCUAAGGGUGAUUAUUUAGCAGCUGAUAUUAAAAGAAGCACUUCUGAAAAAUGUGACUAUGUAGAUCGGGAAAGAGCAGAGGAAAGAGCAGUCAUGGUUUGCAGAGAUGAGUGCAAUGAAGAAAUAUCUGAAGAGCGAGUGAGUUUGAAACUAGAGGAGACUAAGACUCUGAAAUCAGAGACAGGCCAACAUGAUGAGCAAGUAGUUUUGCAUCGUGGCAUUAAUAAUGUAGGUGAAGAUCCUUUAGAUACUACAGACAUAAGCAGUAUGUUGAUUGAUGAAGGUAAAUCUAUUUUGGCAAGAGGCAUGCUCAAGAAAGUACCACGUGACGUAGCUAUGCAGGAGUACGAAGAAAAAAGAGCUGAAAGUGGUUGUCAGAAUUCUCAGGAGACAAAUAGAGUGUCAUUAGAGAAUCAACAAGAGAAAGAAGAGGAAGAAGAGGAAGAAGAGGAAGAAGAGGAAGAAGAGGAAGAAGAAAAAGAAAAGAAAGAAGAGGAAGAAGAGGAAGAAGAGGAAGAAGAGGAAGAAGAGGAAGAAGAGGAAGAAGAGGAAGAAGAGGAAGAAGAGGAAGAAGAGGAGUCUGUGGCCAAUUCAGAAGGCUUUGAAGUAGCUUUGGUGCCAGAUUUUUCUAUUGUUAAAAAGCCAGAAGAAAACAUUGAGAAUUCGUCUCAAAGACAAAAAACAAAGUUCAAAUAUGGUCGAUUUAUUUCCAGGCCUCGUACGAACACAGCAUCCAAUGCAAAUGAAAUGGUGAGUGUGUUUUGCAAUGAUGUCAGAGCUAAAUUGGCUUUUGAUACUGACGCAGAACACAAUCAGACUUUAGGAAGGGCUGAUGUGGAGACAAUAGCUACUGACAUCAGAUUUUAUGAAGAUGAAAAGAGUUUUUUUGCCCUCAGCGGGAAAGGUUCAGAUCAAGUUCUUUGUAUCAAGGUUGAAGAAAGGGAAGAUUCUUCCUGUGCUGAGAAAUCAUGCGAUGAAUGCAAGAAAAAGGCGACGAAUUUGGACGGGAUAAGCUGUUCCUCUAGCGUCUUUCCUUGGGUAAAGAAGCAAAAGUUUGAUGGCUUUCAGGAAAAUAGCAUUGACAAAUCAUUACCGAGGUCAGAAACAACAAAUCAGAAAACGAUGGUAUCAAAAAAAUCGCCUGGUCACUCAUUAAUGCUUGAUGGUGCUCAUUGCCCCUUGAGAAUUGGUUUAUCCAGACGUAGGCCACUCAAGAGGCUUCAUCCAUAUCUUGACAAGAAUCAAGUGAAUAUGUACAAAGAAGAUAGGCAAGUUGUGCCAGAUAUCAAUCUGGACGAAAAACAGCUUGUUUAAUUAGUCAAUUUGUAAGCCUUAGUUUUGUUAGGAAGACGAUAAUGCCAGCAAAAGGAUACUGGGACCAUUGAAGCAGGUGGGCUGAAAGGGCUUAUCCCCCACCCCCGCAAAUUUAGAAAAGGUUGAACCCUUGAUGGACCCGACAAUAAGGACUGGGUUCAGUGGCGGCGCCAGCUACUGGCGAGUGGGAGGGUAAUGGGCGUGACCAGUGAGACCACGCCCUAAUCACCUUGUUUCAGUGCAUUGUACCAGGUACAAAUUUCCUUAGGAAAUAUGAUCUACCCCUACCUAGUGCUUUUUAACCCGUUUUUAGACGAAAUAUGUAGACCAUGUUUCGAAGAAAGUUGGGGGGGGGGUAAUUACCCCCCCAUACCAUCCCCUGGCGCCGCCACUGACUAGGUUUGAUUCGCUUGCAGUGGCGUCGCCAGCUCAAAAAACUGGGGUAGACAAAAGCUAAUUUUUGUGGCCACGCCCUUCAGACUCUUGGAAAACCUUUUUUCAGUAUUUUCUAUCUAUUUUGAAAUUUUGUAUGUGCGAAAAUCAAAAUCGAUCUGAUCAGCCCACCCCCCCC